GUUGGUCUGCAGUUUCGCUUACUGUCUUCUUGCUGGCUUUUGCCAUCCUCCAGGUAGAUGACAUCAUGAGCUUAUUUUGGCUCGGCUCCGUGGUCAAUGUGGCACUGUCCGUCACGAAGAUGGGCCUUGCGCAGGCCACCGUGCAUCACAAGGCCUUGAUGGCCGAUGCCGUGCAUGGACUGGGAGACACUGCCGCCGAAGUGGUCACAGCACUCGCCUAUGCGGAAGCUGCGCGCCCUCCCGACAAGGAGCAUCCCUGGGGCCAUGGCAAGAUCGAGUCCAUGGGAGCUGUCGGCGUUACUGGCAUUCUUUUGUACAUAGCUUUCUCAAUGGGCUACGACAGCAUCGUUUCCCUUGCGCCGAUGCUGAGGGAGCAGGCGCACGGUCGAGGAGAUGCCAAGCCUGUCGCCAAAGACGCGACGCCGACGGAAGAGGCACAUCGCAGCGACAACCAGUCCGCAGGGCAGGGGCCCCAGAGCGAAGCGAGAUGCAGGGAGGCCAUGUUCGACUUCGAUUCCUUGGAGGACGCAGAUCCAAAUCCGGACCCAGACCUCGGUCUGCAGUGGCAGACACGGAUGUUUGCCAACGUCGAAUGCCGAGUUCUUGAACCGUCAGGACCACUCAACCUCGUUCUCAUCUUUUUCCACGGGAGUGGGACCCCUUUUCGUGUGGAGCAGGAGAGGCUUUUCACUCCUCCUCGCGCCCUUAGCCUCCUCUCGGCGGGAGUGGCGGUGGUGCUGCCUGCAAGCCCUUUACGGGAUGGAACGGUCCACUUCUGGUACAGCACAGACAAAGAUGUACUGCUGGAUCUGUUGACGAAGGCGAAGGAGCAGGAGAAGGCUGUUGAAGAGGGUCCUCCUCAAAGCCGUGCUCAGCUUUCUGUCCAGUCGGCCUCCACUUCAACACCUCCACCACCACAGAGCGCCGUCGACCAGCUGAAGGAUGGGGAGCCCGCAUUUCUGGAUCUGUCCCGGGGCACUGCAUCUUGUCGAUGGUGCCACCAAACCUCCAACCUGACGAGAAAUGGGUUCCAACUCUGA